AUGAAUGUGGGACAAUCUUUUUUAAUUAGAGAACUCGAUGCAAAUGCAGAUGUUCCAUCUGAUGCAAUGAGCCUGGUUUUUUAUGAUGAGGUUCUUGCAAUCAUUCUGAUCGGCAUUUGGGGGCAUACCUCUGAUAGGUUUGGCCGUAGAUUAAUUUAUGCUACUGGAUUUUCGCUCAUCAUGCUUUCAAUGCUUUUGUGUUCUGUUGCUGCCAAAACGAUAUUUCCGGUCACCUUUUUUUCUUUCUUUUCUAGUCUUCUAGCAUUUAGAUUGCUAUUUUCCAUUGGUUGUUCAAUGGUCGCCUCACUUAUGACCGCUUUUCUUUCUGAUAUAGCGCCGCCAGAGUCCACGGGGCGCCUUGCUGGCCUGGUUGGAAUAGCGUCGUGUAUUGGUGGCCUGACUGGGGCAAUCUUUUUCCCCUUGUUUCCCAUCCGAAUCGGCUAUUUUGCAUUAGCAAUGUUUCUUGGGUUGUUGUCUAUUUUGAUCUUUUGCUUUUUUUCUGAUUGUUCCUUGCCUUCAUCGUGCACUCUUUCUCAGGCGAAGCGGCUUGGAAUAAGAGAAAUAAUUUGUGUAACCUUGAGAGCCAGUAAGAGCGACAAGAAUAUUUUCCUCUCAUACUUGAAUUCAAUUGUAUCUCGCUCGGUCUCAAUGAUAAAUACGACGCUUCUUGAAUCCUGGGUUUCUUCAUACCUUUCUCAGUCGCCGGGACCAAAUUCCAGCAAGUCUGUCGUGAUUCGGCUAAAUGGGACCUUGCAAGGAACUUCCCUUUUAAUGGCCCCUAUUUUUGGAAUUAUUUCAUCGCGAAUUUCUCCAGCUGCGGCAACACUUAUUGCCGCAAUGUUGGGGUCCAUCGGUGAUUUUCUGAUGGUUUUCUUUGCUCAAAAUCCAACUUCAAACUCGCAAAUCGGCGUAAUGUUUCUCAAAGGCGCUGGCCAGAUUGGGUUGAUCGUUUCAGGGAUGGCCCUAGCAUCUAGACAUUCCCCUAAGGAGCUUAGGGGCGCCGUAUCUGGAGCAUACGGGUUUUUUGGUGCAUUUGGCAUCAUUCUAAACUCCCAACUUGCCAAAUGGGUGGGCGCAUCUUCCGCGUUAAAUCCAUUUUUGUUGCUGUUAUCAUGGGAAACUCUUUUAGCCUUCUUUGCCCUUGCUGUGAUGCUCCAGACCAAGGAAAAGCGGCACAGUGGCACAAAAAAGUGCAGCAUACAAAUAUAA